UCCCCUAGUUUCUUUGCUUGAAGAAUAUAAGGACUUUUCUUUCGGCAUGUUGUGAAGUAUUUGGGAUGAAGAAAAGUGAACUUUUUGAAGCAUUCGAUUUGUUUGACGUGAGAGAUUUUGGAAAGGUGAUAGAAACACUUUCAAAACUUUCUCGCACUCCUAUUGCAAUAGGCACAGGAAUAAGGCCCUUCCCUACAGAAGAAAGCGUUGAUGAUGAAGAUGUCUACAAAGGUCUUCCUGAUUUAAUAGAUGAAACUGGUGUUGAUGAAGAUGAGGAGUUGUAUGAUUGCGUCUAUGGAGAAGAUGAAGGUGGGGAGGUUUAUGAAGACCUAAUGAAAGAUGAAGCAGCACAGCAACCUAAAUAUACUGAAAAUGACAUAAGAAGCUGUUGUCUUGCUGAAAUAAAGCAAACUGAAGAGAAAUACACUGAAACUCUGGAAUCGAUAGAGAAAUUUUUCAUGGUGCCGUUGAAAAGGUUUCUGUCAGCAUCAGAGUUUGAUACUGUUUUCAUCAACAUUCCUGAUUUGGUGAAAAUUCACAGGAAUCUAACACAGGACAUCAAUGAUUCAAUUGUAAACAAAAAUGAUCAGAUCCUAUAUCAAAUUUUUAUUAACUACAAGGAAAGAUUGGUUAUUUACGGACAGUACUGCAGUCAAGUGGAGAUAGCGAUAUCAUGCUUAGACAACAUCUCUAAGACAAAAGAAGAUGUUAAAUUGAAGUUAGAGGAAUGUUCAAAGAGGGCCAAUAACGGGAAGUUUACACUGCGGGAUCUUUUAGUGGUUCCAAUGCAGAGAGUGCUAAAAUAUCACCUACUGCUCCAGGAGCUGGUAAAGCACACUACUGAUCCCAUGGAGAAGGCAAAUCUAAAACUGGCACUUGAUGCAAUGAAGGACUUGGCUCAAUACGUAAAUGAAGUGAAGAGAGAUAAUGAAACGCUCCGUGAAAUUAGACAGUUUCAACUAUCAAUAGAGAAUUUGAAUCAUUCCCUCUUACAGUAUGGAAGACCUCAAGGUGAUGGGGAAAUAAGGAUAACUACGUUAGACAAGCGUGCGAGGCAAGACAGGCAUAUCUUCUUGUUUGAUCUAGCUGUAAUUGUUUGCAAACGGCGAGGUGAUAAUUAUGAAAUGAAGGAAAUAAUAGAUCUUCAGAAAUACAAAAUUACAAAUAACCCCACUACUGAUAAAGAAAAUAAAAAGUGGUCUUACGGCUUCUACCUCAUUCAUAUCCAAGGUCAAAAUGGUUUAGAAGUUUAUUGCAAAACUAAAGACUUGAAAAAAAAAUGGCUUGAACAAUUUCAGAUGGCUCUGUCAAACAUACGGCCAGACUAUGCGGAUACAAGCUUUCAUGAGUUCAAAAUGCAUACCUUCAGUCGCGUGACAUCUUGCAAAGUCUGUCAGAUGCUUCUGAGGGGAACAUUUUAUCAAGGCUAUUUAUGUUCUAAGUGUGGAGCUGGAGCACACAAAGAAUGUUUAGGAAGAUUAGACAAUUGUGGCAGAGCUAAUUCAGGUGAACACGGGAACCUGAAGCAUGAGAAACGAACGAAUGGAAUUAGAAGAAACUCUAGACACGUGGACCCAGGUUUACCAAAAAUGCAAGUGAUCCGAAACUACAACGGAAUACCACAGCCAGCAACACAAGAUGGUCCACCAUUGCAUAUCCAGAUUGGGGACACUAUUGAACUCAUUAGAGGAGAUGCACAUAGCUUAUUUUGGCAGGGCAGAAAUCUAACAACAGGAGAGCUUGGAUUCUUCCCAAGUGAUGCAGUAAAGCCUAGCCCAUGUGUUCCUAAACCAGUAGACUACUCUUCACAACUGUGGUUUGCAGGAGCAAUGGAAAGAUUGCAAGCAGAGAGUGAACUUAUUAACAGAGUAAAUAGCACUUACCUGGUGCGGCACAGGACCAAAGAGUCAGGAGAAUAUGCAAUUAGUAUUAAGUACAAUAAUGAAGUGAAACACAUCAAGAUUUUAACAAGAGAUGGCUUUUUCCACAUUGCAGAAAAUAGAAAAUUUAAAAAUUUAAUGGAACUCGUAGAAUACUAUAAGCACCACUCUCUCAAAGAAGGCUUUCGAAGUUUGGAUACUACUCUUCAAUUUCCAUACAAAGAAUCUGAAAACUCAGUGGGACAAAGGAGUAACAGAACAGGUGGCAACUUGCUAAGCCCGAAGGUGAUAGGCAUUGCCAUAGCCAGGUAUGACUUCUGUGCAAGAGACAUGAGAGAACUGUCCUUACUGAAAGGGGAUGUUGUAAAAAUUUAUACAAAGAUGAGUGCGAAUGGCUGGUGGAGAGGUGAAGUAAAUGGAAGGGUGGGCUGGUUUCCAUCAACUUAUGUUGAAGAGGACGAAUGAAUUAAAAACUUUCCUCUGCUGACCAGCAGUUUCAGGGAUUGUAAAAAUUUAAUAUCUUCAAAGUGUUAUCCGUCUUGUUAAGUAUUUAAACAACAGCAUUUUUGUCUG